ACCAAGGCAAUUGCUGAAAGGAUGAAAAGUGGUGAGUAAACUGCAGAACUGUGCAAUAAGUCACCAAUGAUUUGAGCAAGUCUUCUAAUAAUUCUUUGCUUCUCCAGAUCAAAAAUUCCUUUCCUCUAUCAUGGAGAAAGUCACAGCCAUAGAAACAAAACAAGCCUUACCUCUCCAAACAGCCCUCAUCAGUUGCCCAGCUUCUACUGAAAAGGUCCCCCAACCUCCCACCCCAUGUACCAUUACCUCCACUGGGUCCCCUGUACCCUUAAAUCUCUGUGUUGUGAAGCAGCCACCACCAUCAACCAGCCAGUGCCAUCUAACUACCACCAGGGUGCCUGUUCCACUUACCCCCAGUGCCAAUGCCCCAGUGUCUGCCACUCUGCAACCAAGUGCAGCGAGUGGAAACCCUUCACAAGCCAUUCAAACGUCAUCCACCUCCAUCCAGUCAGACAGUCAUGAAUCACAACAAGAAAUGAAUCACAAAAUAACAUUACUACUGGACCUUACAAAACUCCUCAGCAACUGUACUUCAGAAACAAACCAGCUUUCUAUCGAAAACUACAGCGGGCAUUCUCACAGAAGGGGUACAACCUGUCAACAGAAAAAAUUAGAAAAAGUUAGCAAACAUGUUAACAACUUACAAAAGAGUAAAGGACAGACGCCGUGCAACUGGGGAGGGGAAGAAUGCCUGGGAGUACUAUACACAAAUGGAUGAGUUAUUUGGGUCAUCAGGGAUUGGAACUGCACCACCUGGCACAAUUUACUCUACACCUUUGUUUUGUGAUGACUCAUCCAAAACUAAUCCAACAGCUUCAUCUCUUCACCCUCAAGACCAGCCAGCGGGUGCUGCUGUGGAUGAACAGCCUGGAACCUCAGCAAUCCGAAACCCAACCAAUCUCACCAACAUGCAGAGACAAACACAAUCCUCUCAGUUUCUGGAGGCAUAUGAAGUGCAUGCAGAAAGAAGGACUACUGUGCUCGAGUCCCUGGUGAGGCCUGACUUUGAGAAAUGGCGGCGACUAAAGGAGAGGCGUAGGUGCUCUUUUGAAAGGAAGCUGUUGACCAGCAUGGGAACAAUCGUGGAAGAGCUAAAAAAAAUAAGCAAACAACAAGAGCAAAUUAUAAACUUGCUACAAAACCAACCUCAAUAAAAUGUCUUAAAGAAAUAAACUUUGUAUUUUGACUUUCUCUAAAAUGUCUAUUGCAAAUCUAUUCCUUCCACAAUUUUAACUGUGGGACUUUUGUUAUGACUAACAGCAUCCAAGAUAAAAUUGUUAUAUUGUAGCAUCUUCAAAGUUGCCACCCUUGACUAGAAUUUACAAAAUUGUUCCCUGGGCAUUUGAUCAUCCAGUUGUUUUGAGGUAAACCGUAUUGAA